UGGGACGAUCCAAACCCAAGUCCAAGCCCACGGCGACUGAGCUUCUUCCUCGGUGCGGCGGCCAAGCUCAUUUCUGUGCUUUCGAGUUGCUCUAAGCCGCCACUGAACGGCGGAGGACAGCGAAAGUUCACUUCGAGAAAUGGCAGACGGCAAAAGAAUCCAAACCUUUGAGGAUUUCUUCAAAGUCCACGGUUUGCUCCUCACUGCCUCUGGACUUCCCCAGUCUCUUCAUCGUCAACUGUUUCAGAAACUGACCUCGGAGACCUUUGACGGCGGCUCUCACUUCCAGGUCGAACCGUUUGAGGAUGGACGCUGUAGACGCCUCGUCCUCUCCUCUGACUUCAUGGCCAAGGAAUCGCACGUCUUCCUCGUCGACCAUGCCUGGACUUUCCGUCUCUCCGACGCUUACAAGCAGUUGUUGGAAGUGCCUGGAUUGGCUGAGAGAAUGGCGUCCUUGAUGUGUGUGGAUAUUGAUUUGAAUUUGGAUGAGGAAGAUGAAGAUCAUUCAAAAUCAAAUGUUGAUGAUGAUGAUGCUAAACAGAGUGUUUGGGAGCUAAUAGAGAGUGAAAUACGUGGUGCCAUAGAAAAAGGAAAUGACUCUGUUAGAUGGUUGGAGCUUGAGAAUCUUCAAAUUGAUGAUGAUACACUCUUGUCCCUCGAUUUGCCAACAAAGUUUCCGGAUUUACUUGCUCUUAGCUUGACUGGAAACAAGCUUAAAGAUGUAGAUACGGUUGCUCGGGAAGUUGUGAAGUUUAAACAUCUUAGAGCACUUUGGUUGAAUGAUAAUCCAGUUGCGGAAAAUUGUGAUGCGAGCCUGCAGCAGAGAGUUCUUGAAGGAUCCCCAAAUUUAGAAAUCUACAACUCACGAUUUACUCUUAACUUUUCCAAGUGGGCACUGGGAUUUUGUGGAGAUAUGUAUGGGAAGGAUAAUCCUGGCAGUAUUUACCCAUCUGAUCACACAUUGCAAUGCUUGACAAGUCUAGACCUUUCAAGUAGAUGCAUUCACAAUUUAAUCAACAAGGCCUUUUCACCCGUUGAGCUGCCAUCUCUUUCCUACUUGAAUCUUAGGGGAAACCCCUUGGAACAGAAUUCUGUUGGUGACUUGUUGAAAAUCCUGAAGGAAUUUCCUUGCUUAAGUUCUUUGGAGGUAGAUAUUCCCGGUCCUCUUGGAGAGAAGGCUUCAGACAUAAUUGAAUCUCUCCCUAAUCUAAGUAAUCUGAAUGGCAUUGAUGUGGAAAAAAUAUUGAGUUCUGGAAAGCAUAUGAUUGAUUCAAUGCUUCUCCCACGUCUCCCUGAGUGGGCUCCUGAGGAGACUCUCCCUGAUCGCGUUAUAAAUGCGAUGUGGCAAUAUUUGAUGACUUACAGACUAGCUGACGAGGAAAAGAUUGAUGAAACCUCCGUUUGGUACGUGAUGGAUGAACUAGGUUCAGCUUUGCGGCAUAGCGAUGAGCCAAAUUUCAGAGUGGCUCCAUUCCUCUUCAUGCCAGAGGGAAAUCUGACGUCAGCCAUAAGCUUUACCAUACUAUGGCCAAUCCACAAUGUUCAGAAAGGUGAUGAAUGCACUCGUGAUUAUCUGUUUGGCAUUGGGGAGGACAAACAACGGUCUGCUAGACUUACGGCUUGGUUUCACACCCCACAAAACUAUUUUGUGCAUGAGUAUGAGAAACACAUCAAGAAUCUGCAGUCGAAGGUGUUAACUUCACCCAUUUCUCAAACCACCUCAAAAACUGAAGAACUACGUCAGAGUAAAGGAGGCACUUUACGUGUUUACACUGACAAUCCUCAAGUUGAAGAAUUCUUAAACCGCCCGGAAUUUACAAUUACUAGUGAUCCAAAAGAGGCCGAUAUCAUAUGGACAAGUAUGCAGAUUGAUGAGGAUACAAGGAAGGCUACUGGGAUAACAGAUAAGCAAUACGUAAACCAAUUUCCUUUUGAAGCUUGUCUUGUCAUGAAACAUCAUUUGGCUGAGACGAUUGAGAAGGCUCAUGGAUGUCCUGAGUGGUUGCAGCCUACUUACAAUCUUGAGACACAUUUAUCUCAACUUAUUGGCGAUUAUUUUGUGCGUAAAAGGGACGGAUUAAAUAAUUUAUGGAUACUGAAACCAUGGAAUAUGGCACGGACUAUAGAUACUACAGUCACCGACAACCUAUCUGCCAUUAUCCGUCUCAUGGAAACUGGCCCUAAGAUAUGUCAAAAGUAUAUUGAGCAUCCUGCUCUGUUUAAUGGGAAGAAGUUUGAUCUUCGUUAUAUUGUUCUUGUACGUAGUAUGAAGCCUUUGGAAAUCUUCCUCGCGGAUUCUUUCUGGGUUCGAUUGGCGAAUAACCCAUACUCUUUAGAGAAGCAGAGUCUCUUUGAAUAUGAAACUCACUUCACGGUUAUGAACUACCGGGGAAGAUUAAAUCAUAAAAAUAUAGCAGACUUUGUCAGGGAAUUUGAGCAAGAGCACAAUGUUAAGUGGUUGGAUAUCCACUCGAGAGUGACAAGUAUGAUCCGAUCAGUUUUCGAGUCGGCUGCAGUGGUUCACCCCGAGAUGCAUAGUCCAUUCUCUAGAGCCAUGUAUGGUCUGGAUGUGAUGCUUGAUUCUUCUUUUCAACCAAAGCUAUUGGAGGUGACUUACUGCCCGGAUUGCACCCGAGCAUGCAAGUACGACGUGGAAAAUGUCUUUGGAGGUGGGGUUAUAGAAGGUCGAGAAUUUUACAACUAUAUUUUUGGUUGUCUUUUCUUAAAUGAAACUACUCAUGUCACUCCAUUGUAAUCAAACCACAUUUCAAUUUUGUAACAAUAGGUACUACUUACUGCGAGUUUUUACUUAUUAGUUAUCCUCUUUUGAGGUUUGUAUCGUUAUUUUUUUAUUUUGGGUUUUGGGUUUUGGGUUUUGGGUUAUGAUGCAAUCAAAUUGAUAAUUUGGUAGUAUAUCAAAGAGAGCUUCCGAUUGUGUUCCAAA